AUGUCUCGCUCUUUCUCCUCUUUUAGUAUUCUUUGCCUCUUGGCCAUCACAUCGACCGCAAAUGCGCACGGUGAACAUGAUAUGAAUCACCUUCACCGUCGUCAACUACCACCUUAUCCCUCUGGACCGGCCUACGAUGUUCCACCGCUCGAAUCCAUCGUGCCACUCCCAGCCGAUUAUAGCGCCAAUUCCUUGCCAGUCCCUACAACCUUUGCACCUGGUUCGACGCCUACUGCACUCCCAGGUGCACCUCCGCUCCCGGCUGCUACCAUCAAUAUCAAUGCAUAUCCACCAACAGACGAGAUACCGCCAGUCGACAGUCCCGAAGUCAAGCAGUGGAUCUCACAGAUUGACUGGUCGACCAUCCCUGCAAUUCCACCGACUUAUUCCAAAGUCUGUGGUGAUCCACAAAAUGCUGCCGCCGUCGCAGCGGCAGGGGCGAAUGGGACCUGUUGGUGGACAUGCAGCCUGUGCACCCGCGACGUCGAUAUUACGACCUGUGCCAACAAGGGUGAAUAUGGACACGGUUAUGAUGAUGGUCCCGGGUUGUACAGCCCCAAGUUAACGGCCUUUCUCGAGUCCAAAGGUCUCAAAGCGACCUUUUUCAUCGUCGGCUCGCGCGUCGUGUACAACCCGCAGAUGCUGCAGUACGAGUACAUGACUGGUCACGAACUCAGUGUUCACACGUACUCUCAUGGCGGCUCAAAGUUGCUUGGGUUGACGAGCAUGACCAAUGAGCAGAUUGUGGCCGAGUUUGGAUGGACGAAGAAGAUUAUCAAAGACGUGACGGGCGUCACGCCUACCACAUUCCGACCGCCAUUUGGCGACAUAGACGACCGCGUGCGCGCGAUUGCACUCGCCAUGGGCCUUCAACCCGUCAUCUGGUCCUCCAAGUCUUUUGCCGAGAUUUGGGAUUCGCAAGACUGGGUCGUACACGGUGGUGGCGUCCAAGCCGUACCCAACCAAGCCCGCUUCCAGGCCACCCUCGACGACUCGUUUACAGCCUUUCCCGACCACGGCGUCAUUGCACUUCAGCACGACAUUUACAUCGAAUCAGUCAACCUCGCCAUCGGGUACACACUCCCUUUCGUCCUGGGACCACAUCCGAAUAACAAUAAUCAGCCGUUCAACGUCAAGCCCGUGAUGCAAUGUCAGGGACGUUCGUUGGCGGAUGCGUUCAAUGAGACGAGUACGAAUAAGAAUAAUCCUGCGUUUGAUACAUCUGUUGAUGUCGCGAGGCGGAGGUCGAAUUUGGGCUACGCUGCGGCUCAUCCGAGUGGAGAUGCUGUUAGUGUGACGAGAACAUAUGUUAGUCCACCUCAUUCUACGCAAACCCAGACGCCUACUGGAACGGCUGGUGGGUCACCGACUAGAGGCGCGAGUUCAUCGACUACCUCUUCAAGGCCGAACGCUGGGGCUAUUAUCAUCCAUACAUACUCUGCUAUAGAGCUUUACGAAAACUGGGACGAAGAGCCGAAGACUGAAUUAACGUAG